AUUAAUUUGAGCACGCGGCAAUCACGUGACCAAACUUGAGAAAAAUUUCCCUAGAACCCUAAACCCCCAACUUUCUAUAGUGACUGACUGUAAUAGUGGUACUUGAUAGGAACGCGAAAUACUCAAACUUUCAUCAUUUUUAACAAGGGAGAACCACAACAAUCAUCAAAUUCAUCCAGGAAGAGCAAAGAGAGUGGGCAUUUAUAGUGAAAAUGGCAAAAGAAGUCACAAAAUCACCAAAAAGCAAGCAAAAGUUCACCAGUAGAAGCAGCAGAAAUGGAGACAACAAUCUUGUGUUGGAUAAACAAGAAAAGGGUAAAGUGGGUUAUAGCAAGAAAUUCACAAAAGAGAAGACCCAUUUUAGAACAAACCCAGUAAAAGUCGCAUCUUUUGAAUCCAAUAAGAACAAAUUUGGGGAUAGCAAGAAAAAAUUUGAGGUAUUUUCUGGUAAAAACAUGGAGAGCAAUGUUGUGUUUGAUAAAAGAGCAAAGGAGAAGAAAGUGGGUUUCAGCAAGAAAUUUGCUAAGAAUAAAUUUGGUGAUAAGAAUCAAAGAAAUGAGGAUAUUACAUUAAACCCAUCAAAAAUUUCAAUAUUGAAAUCUGAUGAGAAGAAAUUUGGGGAUAAGAGGGAGAAAUUUGAGGAAAGCCCAUCAAAAGUUUCAUUCUUGCAAUCAGAAAAGAAGAAAUUGUGGGAUAAGAGGAAAAAAUUUGGGGGUGAUUUAGGUGCUGCAAUGGAAGCUAAACCAAAGAAAAAGAAAAGGGUAAUAAAGAUUGAUCGUUAUGACACUUCAAAUAAGAGGCUUGAUGAUGGAAAUGUGCUUAAUGAUAUAACUAAUCAGCUGAAGAAGAAGAAGGAUGUGGAAGAAGAAGAGGCUGAGAAAGUGGAAUUGUCAAAGAAUGCACAGUUCAGGGCAAUUAAACCAAGUUCUUCAAUUCUUACCUUUGUUGAAGACAAUUUAUUGGGACGUAGACGCGAUAUUGAGCUGCGGAGGGCUGGCUAUAACACUGAACUCUCAGCACCAUUGGAUAACAUACCUUUCUCCACGAGCUCGGAGAGAGAGAGAAUUGAAGAAAGUGUAUUCAGGAAUAGGAUGGAGUUUUUUGCCGCUGCAAAAGUUUCUUCAUCAUUUCCCCCGCCUGAUCUUCCCGAGAUUGCAUUUGCUGGCAGGUCUAAUGUUGGAAAAUCAUCUUUACUUAAUUCACUUACAAGACAAUGGGGAGUUGUUCGAACCUCCGAUAAACCGGGUCAUACUCAGACUAUUAACUUUUUCAACCUCGGUACAAAGCUUAACUUAGUUGAUUUACCGGGUUAUGGCUUUGCUUACGCAAAAGAAGAAGUCAAGGAGGCUUGGGAGGAUCUGGUAAAGGAGUAUGUAUCCACAAGAAUGGGACUGAAGAGAGUAUGCCUUCUCGUUGACACCAAGUGGGGUAUGAAACCGAGGGAUAAUGAACUUAUUCAUUUGAUGGAAAGAUCCCAGACUAAGUAUCAAAUUGUCUUGACAAAAACAGACACUGUAUUCCCCCUUGAUGUGGCCCGCCGUGCUAUGCAAAUCGAAGAGACACUCAAACAACACAAAUCCCUUGUCCAACCUGUGAUGAUGGUUAGUUCAAAAUCUGGAGCUGGCAUCAGGUGUUUGAGAACGGCGCUUGCAAAAAUUGCCCGAUUUGUGAAGCCUUGAACCUUUUCUUUUUGCAUAAUGGCAGGGUUACUCACAAUGUUGGUAGCCUUGGAAGUGUACUUGGUGUUUAGAGUGAGGGAACAACUUGCUGAUUAUAGUUUCAUCUUAAUUAUCAGAAUAGUGGUAAUUGGCAUUUUCACUUCAGAGUAAAUAAUUAGCAUACCUCAUGUGCAAGUUUUGAGUGAGCUGAUGUACUUUGACAAGCUCUAUGUCCAUGAUCAUUGUACAAACAUACCGAUGAAGAUAAUAGCCAACAUAUUCUUUAUCUAGAAUAAAAUUCGCUACCUUCACAUUUUAUGGUUC